AUGAUCCAAGCCGUGCCAGAACAAGACCGCAGUACUUUCCGCGACAUGGUCAAUGCGGCAGGAAUCUCUAAAAGCAUCCUCGCACGGCACUUCAAAACUGGAACAAUUGAGCGACGGUCCUCCCGGCUCAAGCCGCUCCUUACCAAGGACAACAGGCUCGAACGCCUAGCGUUCUGUGGUGCACAUGUGAAAAUGAACUUGGAGGCUCCGACGCACCUGAACCCUUGCUUGACGAGCAGCGUCGGUGAAGACGCCCCGGACAAGAAAAAAACCUACGUGGUCCCUGGUCAAGAUCCUGCGCGUCGUGUGUGCAAGACCAAGCGCUUUGUCCCAAAGGUCAUGUUCUUGGCAGCAGUCGCACGUCCAAGGCCCGAGGAAGGCUUCGAUGGCAAGAUCGGAACAAUGGUGACGACAUUGGUGAAUGUUGAUGGAGCGACCUAUCGGGACUUCGUGCUCCACCAAGUUGUGCCUGCAAUCAAGAGUCGAUUUCCAAGCAAGACCAAGCGCGUCUUUUUGCAACACGACAAUGCAACUCCGCAUGCGACAAUCGAUGACGGAGUCCUGGCUGAGGUGUCCACGGAUGGUUGGGUCUUUAUGGUGCGUCGUCAGCCGCCGAACAGCCCGGACUUCAAUGUCCUGGACCUGGGGUUUUUAGCUUCAAUCCAAGCCCUACAGUACAAGACUUUCAGCCGGUCUGUCGAUGACGUGAUCAGCUCGACGUUGUGUGCCUUUGAAGCGCUCAGAGUUGAGACGUUGGGUAACGUCUUCCUAACCUUGCAAGCAAUUAUGCGCCAGAUUUUGGAGCAUGACGGCAACAACGAUUUCAAGAUUCCUCAUAUGAAGAAAGAUACUUUGAGACGUUGUGGAUCACUCAUGGCGAACUUCACGUGCCCUGUUUCGCUUCUUCUCCGGGCGAACUCGGUACUUCAGCAAUCCAAUCCAUGA